AUGGUAACUAUUAAAUCUAGUUGGUACCGAAAUCCAACACGUUCGCCCGGCGACCGCACCGAAAUGGACUUUCAGCCGCCCGCAGAUGCACUUUGUGGGGUUAGGAGAGAGCAGUCGGUGCGGCGCGGCGUCGGGAACGCUCGCGCGACCGGUGGCCGUUCGGCGAAAACCGACCCUAUAACACCCUCGUCAGCGGCGGUUGCUCAAUCGAUAGCGCUUUAA